AAUUCUCUCUAUAAAUAACUACACCAUGGUACCUUACAUAGGCUUCAAGAACCCGCCUCACAAUCCCCUUCGGUUCUCUUCGCCCUCCUUUCCCUAAUUCUCUAUCCAUUGGACUCGAAUGGGAAUCAUGAUCAGAUCUACGCCUGCACCUCAUGAUCCCAUUCCCAAGCCAUCCAUCAAGUUCCUGUGCAGCUAUGGUGGUCGGAUUCUGCCCAGAUAUCCCGACGGAAAGCUCCGCUAUUAUGGUGGCGAGACGCGUGUCCUCUCCGUUGAACGGAACGUCUCCUUCCCCGAUUUGUUGGUGAAAUUGGGGGAGAUGUUUGGAUCUUCCGUCAAUUUGAGGUGCCAAUUUCCGACGGAAGAUCUCGAUGCACUUGUUUCGAUCACGUCCGACGAGGAUCUCGCCAAUCUCAUAGAGGAAUACGACCGUGUUGCGGCUGCGCCGCCGUCAUCCCUGAAGAUUAGGGCAUUCCUGUCCAGCCCCAAAACCACCAAACCACCCUCUCUGCCAUCUUCCCCUGCUUCCUCCAGCAGUAACGACUCCACGUCCCCCAAAUCGCCGCCGUAUUCGUCCACCGCCGGUGUCUUACCUCCUCGGUGUCCUGCCUCCAGUAGCAACCGGUGCAUCCGACACGCCCCCCUGAGGCCUCCUCCGUAUCCGAUUAAUGUUUGAGGAUUUGGAAUAAUUCUUUGCCUGAUCUGAUAGGAAAUAUGGUUUCGAGGAAAUUGAGAUGCUAUCUUUAUAGCUAUAGGUAUUCCAAUAUUCAGAGCGUGGGGUGAAGGAUAAUAGCUUGGUUGAGCUUUUCACUGAAAGUGGGGAUGCUGGAAUAGAAAGUUUCAUCCAUUUCUUCUGGUGAUGAUCACAUCCCAUUUCCUAAAGGUUAGACAGUUGCAAUCAUUAAACACCUUCAAAUUUUUUCGCCAUUCAUGACAACAUAUAUAUAUAUUAAUUUGUUGUAAGGUUUGACAUAGUGAUUGAUAGUCAUGAAUUUGUUAUAUGAGACAGCUGACUGGUGGUUGCAAUAUAUUUAUGAUUGGGUAGGAGGGCGCUGAAGCAGGGAAAGGUGAAAUUCCCUGUCCCCGUCCACCAUCCGAACUUACAACUUGUCCUGUCCGGCCUAACUUGCAGAUGAUUAAAUUUGGCUGAAGGUUUACCAAGUUCGAAUUUUUUGGUAGCAGCUGCAAGUUCUUAGGUCAUUAAAAAGAAAAAAAGAAAAUAAUUGCACAACUUGGGUUGGGACCUCUUUCAACUACUGCUACUGCUGGGACCGUGAGAAGUUAAUUGUGGUGAUAUUAGCCUUAAAAGCCACACUUGGUAGCAAAUGACCAUAUUAUUAAUUGACACCCGGGGCCCAUAUCAUAUUUAAGAAAUAACUGGUAAAAAGAUGAUGAAUCUGAGUGAAAAUGGCUGGGUCGAUUUAUGAUCAUAAAUAAUUGUGCCGGCGGUGGUGUGGAAGGAAUAUUGUAAAUUGUAGAGCUGUUAGACGGGUCGAUUUGCGUCGGUUCGUAUUGAGUUGAAUAUUUUAAACGAGUUGAAUUAGUCAAUUUUAAUCCGAUUUGUUUA